UUCCUGUCAUAGCAGUGUGUCUGUGUGUGUAUGAGUGUGUGUGUGUAUGGAUGGUUCAGCAGUGAGUCUCCAGCUGCUGAGCGGAGUGGAGCGCACAGCACAGCGGACACACUAAACCCGUUCCUCCACUUUGUCUUUACCUUCGCUCUGAAUGACAGUGUCUGGACAGCGGACACAGAAACAUGGAGGACCAGCGUCGUUCUUUAUCUUUACGAGGAGCUUUAUCCGUCUUGUUCGUCACUGUGCUGCUGGAGCCCGGGACUGCCGGUAUGCCCCCUUUUUACCCUAUGAAUCAGCUUUGUAUGUUCUGUGAUCUGGAGCUGUCCUCUUGUAGUGGUACAGGAACCUGUAUGUCCAACUGCUCCAUCACAUCCAUCUGCACAGAGAGCAACGAGGUCUGUGUCGCUAUCUGGAGGAAGAAUGAGACAGACUUCUCCAUCGAAACUCUCUGCCACGACCCGUCCAAGCCUCUGUAUGGCAUCAUGCUUGAUGACUACAACAGCUCCACCUGUGUGAUGAAGGAAAAGAACACAACAAGUGGGAUGGCUCACUUCUGCUCCUGUACUGACGAGGAGUGUAAUGACGUGCUGUUAUUCUCCCCAAUUGUGGAUCCUACUCCAGAUGAUCCGUUAGUGUCUGUGAUACUGGUGAGCCUGCUGCCCUUGCUGGUAAUGGGGAUCAUGGUUGCGGGAAUGUUCUACUGGUACCGAGCCUACCGGCAACGGAUGCUCAACCAGGAAUGGGAGAGCAGCAUUAAGAAGCGAAAGCCAAGAGCUGGUGGGCUGGACUGCAGCGACGCCUGUGCCAUCAUGAUGGAUGAUGACAGGUCAGACAGCAGCUCGACCCAUGCCAACAACCUGAACCACAACACUGAGCCGCUGCCCAUAGAUCUGGAUCUGCUGGUGGGCAAAGGUCGCUUCGCUCAGGUAUACAAGGCUAAGCUGAAGCAGACCACCUCAGAUCAGUUCGAAACUGUGGCUGUGAAGAUUUUCCCCUAUGAAGAGUAUGCUUCCUGGAAGAAUGAGAAGGACAUUUUCUCCAAUACAGACCUCCGACAUGAGAACAUCCUCCACUUCCUGACAGCUGAGGAGAGGAAGGUGGAGAAACAGUACUGGCUCAUCACUGCCUUCCACCCCAGAGGAAACCUACAGGAGUACCUGACACGUCAUGUGAUCAGCUGGGAGGAGCUGCAGGUGCUGGGCAGCUCUCUGGCUCGGGGUGUUGCCCACCUCCACAGUGACCGUCUCCCCUGUGGACGCCCUAAGGUGCCCAUAGUCCAUCGAGACCUGAAGAGCUCCAACAUCCUGGUUAAGAACGACCUUACAUGCUGCCUGUGUGACUUUGGCCUGGGACUGUGUCUGGACAGCAGUCUGUCUGUGGACGACCUCGCCAACAGUGGACAGGUGGGUACAGCGCGUUACAUGGCUCCGGAGGUGCUGGAGGCCCGACUCAAUCUGGAGAACAUUGAGUCCUUCAAACAGACUGAUAUUUACUCCAUGGCUCUGGUGCUAUGGGAGAUGACAUCGAGGUGUGAAGCUAUUGGAGAGGUGAAGGACUAUGAGCCUGCGUACGGCUCUAAAGUGCGAGAGCACCCCUGUGUGGAGAGCAUGAAGGACAACGUGCUGAGAGACAGAGGAAGACCUGAGAUCCCCGACACCUGGCUCAGGCAUCAGGGCGUGGCUGUGAUCUGUGCCACCAUAAAGGAAUGCUGGGAUCAUGACCCAGAGGCCCGACUCACCGCUCAUUGUGUCGCCGAACGCAUCUCCGAGAUGGAGGACGAGCUGGACAAAUUAUCCAGCCGCAGCUCCUCAGCAGAGAAGAUCCCUGAGGAGCUGAAGAUCCCAAUAGAGGUGGAGAUACCAGAGAAAGAGGUGAAAAUCACAGAAAUACAGGACAUCAUUGCUGUGGACUGCUCCGUGAGUGAUGAGAAGUGAGCAGAAGGACACAGGAGCACCUACUUUACUUUAAUGGGAACUCUCAAAAGUGAAAUUCAGGAGCUGAGCUCUUGCAGGACUUUGAGCCAGGUUGAGUUGAGCAACAGUCAUAUCUAAAUCUAACCCAGCACAGAAAAACUCUGGGUGAUGCUUUUGGACCUCACCACUUCUAAAAUGUAAGAACUCGCCUUAAUCAGCUGAAAAAGCUAAAGAGCCAAAAAGCCAGAGUUAACUGGAAGCUUCCAAAGAUGUGCUGUGCAUGGAGACAGUAUUUUUAAGAGUCAGGCAGGCAUGUCUGUAAAAAGGUCACUCUCCCAGUGAGAAAUGAACAGGGCAAUAACUAUUCAACCAAAGACAUUUAAUGUGCACUUUACCAUUUGAUACUUAACGCAUUACAGAUGUGUUUCAUAUAGAUAUCUUCAUGUAUUCUGACAUGUUGGAAUUACAAAAAGCUUUUACAUAAAAGUGCCUUUGUGUGUCUGACUUUGAGCCAAAAUGUCAGCAGAUACUUUGCCUUAACACUAAUAAUGUAGUGGACUCCAUCCUCACCAGCAGGAAUGUGUGUGUUAGUCUGUGUGUGUGGCUGUGUGUAUGUGUGUAUGUGUAACCAUGUUGUUGAUACCCAGCUACACUUAAACCUUGUUUGCAAAAUAUACAAGCACAAUGUACAUAGUGACAAUAACUGUACAUAAGAGAUAACUCAGCCAAAAAGGGAAAAUAAUCCUACUACUUAUGCAGAGAUUAAAAGACUUAAUAGAGAUGUAUUUUUAAAGCAUUUUGUAUGUUUUCUGUCUAUAGCAAUGGGUUAGUGUGCCAAAGAUCUUUUACCCUGCUUUACCUACAGUAUGUGUCAUAUGUAAAAUAUUGUAAAUCUUAUAUGAAUUAAAGAUAUUUCUGUAUACUGAA